CCCAACCAUCAUCAUUUAAUCCAGUGGCUUUAAAUGCAUUAUGUAUUGAGCCAGACAUGUUAAAGCAGGAAGACCACUGAGUGUGCAGAGCAGAAGUGUGGUUAGACUUUUUCCUUUCGUAGACUGACAUUAAAACUGCGCUCAGUCAAACGGAAACUGUGUAACAGUGACCUCUGUGCUGGCUCUCUUCGCUCAAGUGUGUUCAAGUGUGCAUCAGGAAACAUGGCUUCAGUGAUUCUGCUGAUCCUCUAUGUAAUAUUUACAUCUGUAUGUUUUGGAACAUCAGCAAAAUCAGCGCAGAUCAGUAUGGAAUGCCAGCCUGCAGUUGGAGUCGUUGGGCGGACCACGAAGAUCUCCUGCUCUUUCAAGACGAAUUUUGGAGCAGAUCAGAAAAUUAUUAUUUCUGCAGUGUCUGUAACUAAGAGAGGAGAAACAGAACCACUGUUCUGGUUUAAAGAUAAUACAGUUUACGGAGAUGAUCGAUUUAAACUUCUGUCUAAAAAUGAUCCAUCUUUCCUGCUCAGUAACACUGCUGUCUCUGAUGAAGGCCUGUAUGAUUACACUAUUGUAACCAAUCGUGGCAUUAUAGAAGACGGAACAUUCAGGAUCAGCGUUACAGCAGCGCUGAUUAGUAUGGAAUGCCAGCCUGCAGUUGGAGUCGUUGGGCAGACCACGAAGAUCUCCUGCCCUAUCAAGACAAAUUUUGGAGCAGAUCAGAAAAUUAUUAUUUCUGCAGUGUCUGUAACUAAGAGAGGAGAAACAGAACCACUGUUAUGGUUUAAGAAUAAUACAGUUUACGGAGAUGAUCGAUUUAAACUUCUUUCUAUAAAUGAUCCAUCUUUACUGCUCAGUAACACUGCUGUCUCUGAUGAAGGCCUGUAUGAUUACACUGUUGUAACCAAUCGUGGCAUUAUAGAAGAAACAUUCAGGAUCAGCGUUACAGCCAAAUACAACCCGCCAUCCAUCAGCACAUGGCCAGUAAAGAUUUUAGAUGGUGGCCCUGCUGACCUUUACUGCAACGCUAGUGGUGGCUAUCCAGCAGGAGCAAUUCACUGGUUUGACAGCACCAACACCAACUGGACAAAGAGCACCACACUGGAGAUCACAGAGAGAGAGGACAAACUGUUGAAAAUGUCUAGCAAACUGACCGUCACCAACAUCGACUUGAGCUGGGCGCCCUUCAGGUGUGUCAUUCUCAACAGCAAAUUCAUCAAAGAAGAAGAGACCAUGAUUCACCUGACGAGGAUAGAUGGCUGUUCUUGCUGCUCUUCCCAAAAAUUGUGUGCCAUCCAGUUUUGUACUGAGGAUGGCGAAUAUGGCAAAAACAACAACCAUCACAAUACUUGAGAUUUUCACAAUCACUUCACAGAGACUUCUGUAAUUCAAUUUUUAUGACGUUUGUGAUCAAAAGUUUGCAGACAGCAGCAUUUCUUCAAAAAUCAAGGGCAUUAGUAGAGGUCAGGUGAUCAGUUCUGGAUCACUCUAACUCAUCCCAAAGGUAUUGGAGGGAGCUCCAUCACUCAACACCUCUAGUCCACUGGGCUCCAGAGCGUCCCAUUCUAUUGGUCAAUGUUUUUCUAUGGAGAUUAUACAAAGUGAACACCUGUAGUAGCAAUAGGUGACCUUAAAAUUGCUGCAUUCACUCACUGAAUACAUUUGGACAUCUCAAGUUUAAAGAAG